UGUUGCCACCACCCCUGCUGACGCCGCUCCUGCGCCAUCGCCGCUGCCACCACCCCCGCUCCUGCACCACCGCCGCUGCCGCAGCCCCCACUCCUGCCACUGCCGCCAUCGCCAUCGCCAUCGCCACUGCUGCUCCUGCCGCUGCCGCCACCGCCCCUGCCGCAGCCCCCGCUCCUGCCGCUGCCGCUGCCGCCACCACCCCUGCCGCCAUCGCCACCGCCGCUGCUGCCGCUCGUGCAGGUAUUGUGGGGCUCCGGGCUCGGGGCAGCCAACGCCCACCACCCUCCGCCUCCACAUCGGGGGUCCCCCUGGCCACAGCCCGCCUCGCCCGGCCGGCAGAAUGACAUCUCAUUCCUCAUUCGGCUUCCAGAGGGUCCGCCACUAUGCCGGACACAGGAUUCAGAAGGAACUGGCCGACCUCACAUUAGACCCACUUUUCAACUGCCAAGCUGGUCCCAAAGGUGAUAAUUUAUAUGAAUGGAGGUGUUCCAUUUUGGGGCCUCCAGGAUCAGUGUAUGAAGGGGGUGUUUUUUUGGUCGACAUUAAUUUUACACCAGAAUAUCCGUUCAAACCUCCGGAGGUUAUCUUCCGCACAAGAAUUUAUCACUGUAACAUCAGUAGCCAAGGAGUGAUCUGUCUGGAUAUUCUGAAGGAUAACUGGAGCCCGGCCCUCACCAUUUCUAAAGUGCUUCUUUCCAUCUGCUCCUUGCUCUGUGACUGCAAUCCUACUGAUCCCUUAGUGGGAAGCAUUGCUGCGCAGUACUUGACCGAUAGAGAGGAACACGACAGAAUGGCCAGGCAGUGGACCAAGAGAUACGCGACAUAAAUUGUGUUUUCAGCAAAUUCCCGUUAAUUGUGAUGGAAAGAGCUGCUUAUAAUUUUGACGGGGAGAGGGGAGCUGAUAAAAGAGUAGGGUAUUUCUGUAACAGAUUUUAUUCAGUCUUUUAUUUCCUAAGAUUUUUGUUGUAACAAGGUAUCUUGCUGUAGUAGAUAGAAAUUGUAAUAGCAUAUCUUAAGACUGUCCUUAGUUCUGCAAUAUUAGCAGAAUGUACACAUUAGACAUUCGGGUUCUGUUGCUUGCAAUAUGUAAUAGAUUAAAAACAACAUUUGUUAAUGUGCUAAUAAGUGUAAUGAUUGGAAUGACGCCACCUACUGGAGACUUACCAUGAGGAAAAUGCCUUGGAGGGCGGCUUUUCCUUGGCGUCAGGAAAUGACAUUUGCUCAUGGGUACUGUCUAUCAAGGCUACCAGUCAAUCAACUUGAGGAGCCUCCCAUUUUCUGGGAGGGGACAGAACGGAGGAAGGAGGGCCUGCACGAAGAGCUGGGUCUCUUUUUGGUGCCUGACUUAACACUGGUGGGAGAGAGACUCCAGAGGACUUCACAGGAAAAUGGAGGAAAGAUAGGAUUGCCUGGCUGUUGGAAUUCUGUUCUCAAUCUUUCUCUUUCUAUCUUUCAAUAAACCUUUGUUGUUGUUGUUGUUGGAAA